AUGCGUUUCUCAACAGUUGUCCUUGCCCUAGCGGCAGCUGUCCCGUCAGUCUUGGCCGCAGCUCCCUUCCCCAUUGGCGGCGAGAUUGCUCAAAUCACUAAUUCCAAUGGAGACGUCAUCAUGUACUAUCAAGGCAGAGACGGCGACAUCCGCCAGCGUGCCGGUAACGGCCCCAUUAUGGCAAAAGACCAAUACAAAAACACCCAAGUUAUUCCGAAAGGCAAGGCAAGGGCCAACACUCCCAUUGCAGCCAUUGCAUAUCAAGGCGAUAUCACAAAUACGCGCAUUUACUUCAUCGACAACAACAACUUUCUCAAUGAGAUUGUUCAGCAGAACGGCAAAGUCACAAACACAUGGAGUUUGGGCUACGGCAAUGUUCAGAACUCCAAGGCAUUGGCGGCUACCACCGACGGCAAGGGGAGAAUCAUGGUUACCUUCGUCCGCACUGAGAAUGAGCUCAGCAUGGCCCACUAUGAGGGAUCGUGGAGCUGGAACGACUACUAG